CUGGAUCCAGCAACUACUUUCCGAGUCUCAAGAUGACUGGUCGCGGUAAGGGAGGAAAGGGAUUGGGUAAAGGAGGAGCAAAGCGUCACAGGAAGGUGCUUCGUGACAACAUUCAGGGAAUCACCAAACCGGCCAUUCGUCGUCUGGCCCGUCGUGGUGGAGUGAAAAGAAUUUCAGGGCUGAUCUACGAAGAGACGCGAGGUGUCUUGAAGGUGUUUCUUGAGAACGUGAUUCGUGAUGCUGUAACCUACACCGAGCACGCCAAGAGGAAGACUGUCACUGCGAUGGAUGUCGUAUACGCUCUGAAACGACAAGGCCGCACUCUAUACGGUUUCGGAGGUUAAAUCGACUAGCGCUUGCCUGC